AUGGCGUUUCGACAACGCUACCGUGGCGGGACAGCUCCCGGUUCCAAGAAAGAAGCUGCCCCAGCUGCCACAUUUGGAUUUGGAAGUGCUGAACCUUCCCCACUGCGCCCGGCAGCUCAGCUGAAUAAAGAAGAGGCGACGCCAUCCUGCUACAAACCCUUGAAUGACUCGUGCCUGCUCCGCCUGAGACAGGUUAUGUAUUGUCACCUCAUACACUUUCUUGUCUUGGGCUCGCUCUCACCCGUCAAGGCCACGCCGGCGUCACCGGCGCCCGGAAGCGUUGCGGAUGAGAAUCAUCGCUUUACGUCUGCCACGCCAGGAACUCCAAGCACCAAAGGCCAUGAGCCUUGGUCCGGCUACUCGCGCCGGCCAGAAGUGCGACCUCAAUUGCGUGCCUUGCUGAAAACCCACGGGCGUCAAGGACGGCGACGCUCCGCUGGUCUCGGCUUUGCAACCGAUGAUGAGGGUCUACCCCUCUCCCCGCUGGCCCGGCCUACCGGUCCAACCCGAAAGCACGCUCAGUGCGUCCCUCUGCUUCAGUCCCGCAUGAAUCAACAGACGCACGCGCCCUCUUUCUCCUGCCCUGUCCUUUCUCCUUUCCUCUCUCACACCUGCCUGCUGUGCCCUGCAUUGCCUAUCCUGCUUUUCCAGAUGGAGAGCCAGGCGGCCACACCAGUCACCAAAAUCCACACCCCUGAGCCAGGCCCAGAUGCCCGCCCGCUUCACCGCGAGCUUGAGCGCCUAGCUAAUAUGAAUCUGUCAGAGAUGCCGUCUCUCGAGUGCAUUUCCAUGGAUGGCGAGCAACUCGAAGCUAUGGCUCAAUCAGCUCAAAGCUCGCAGCUCAUCAACGCAGUUGAGGUGGCUGAUCUUGAAUCGGCUGUGGAGCGUUCAAAUUCCCACUGCAAGCCAGAUCAGAGCACCUCACAACAACAGGCUGAUUUGCUCCAGAGCACACCCGCUGGCCAUGAGACUUCCAUUGCUGCCGCCGCAUGUGGUGAGCUGAGCCAGCCAUCUUCAGAGAUCUCAGUGAUUGAUUCGUCCGCCGAUGCGUCGGCCAGUAUCAGCGCCAACGCAUCUGCCAUCAGCAAUGCAUCAGUGAUGGACGAAAACCUCCAUUGUCAAGCCUGCAACCGAACACUGAAGGAUCAACGCUACGUGAAUCGCCAUCUACGCUCCAAAGCACAUCUAGCUGCUCUAGCAACCUUGCAAAACGCAGAGGUGCAGAAUGAAUCCCUGGCCUCGCGCUCUUUGCCACCAAAUCCAACAGCAGAAGCAAGCCGUGCCGAUGAGAGCGACCCCGCGGAGACGAGCCUUUGCGCGGAGAACGCCCCACCGCAUGAAUCGACCUCAACGAUGAUGAACGAGCCAGUGGCAUGCGAACAGUCCCAGUACCAAGACCAAAAUAACUUGGCAUGCAAACUCACUGCAUCAAGCAGCGACGUCUCAUCAACGGCAGAUGCAAAUGCAGAGCCCGACUCAACUUGCACAAGAGAGGCAUCCAUCUAUGAAUCAGCUAAUGCUUCUCUUCAAGAGACCAGCCCUGAGGACAUUGACACCUUGAGCUGCGGCAGUGUAAACACGUCCAAAGAGUCGGAUGAGGCAGUACUCUCCAUGACAGUCUUGAAACAACUCUAUGCCCUUUGCAAACAAAGCAGCCCAUUGCCAUUUGCCGAGGCAUUUGGGGGCAAGAAAGCCAUGGGCCAAGCCUUCAAGGUUGGAGAGGGCUCCUUUGCCGAGGUCUUUGCCACCGUGUAUGAUGAGCUGCCAGCCACGUGGUCUGCCACUCACAAGGCUGGGCGCCAGGGCGUGGCCUUCAAAAUCAUGCCCAUCGAAGGCGAUGUGCUUUACAACGGCGAGGCUCAAAAGGCCGCCGCAGAAAUCCUGUCCGAGGUUACUGCCACACAUGCGCUCUCGCGACUGGGUCUGGCCGAGGCCGAGGCCGAGUACUCUUCCCCCCACUUCAUUCCGUGCUACCGCAUGACACUGUGCCACGGCCCCUACCCUAAGUGUUUGCUCAAAGCUUGGGAUGCCUUUGAGGCCGAUGAGACCCGCGAAUGCCUCAACGACCGUCCAGAUAAUUUUGGCAAAGAGCAGUUGUUUCUCAUUAUGGCCUUUGCAAAUGGAGGACAGGCUUUGGAAGAUUACGACCUGACUUCACUUUACCAAGCCAAGAACGUGCUGCUGCAAGCCGCCGCUGGCUUGGCCGUAGCUGAAGCCGCGCACCGCUUCGAGCACCGCGAUUGUCAUUGGGGUAACGUCUUGUUGCGCCCAACGCAAGACAAGAACAUUACUUCACGCCUGCAGAUCGAUGGUCAAUCAUACAAUCUCAAUAUUCCCACCGGCGGCUUACAAGUGGGCAUCAUUGACUUUACGUUAUCACGCUUGGAAUGCGAUGGAGGUAUGUUGCAAGACAUGCGCGAUGCCUCGGCCGCGUUGACAUAUUUUGACCUUGCUUCGGACGAGAUGUUGUUCCAAGGACAAGGAGACCGACAAUUUGAUGUGUAUCGUGAGAUGCGUGCGCUGACCAAUGACCAAUGGGACACCUUUUGUCCACAAACCAACUGCGCUUGGCUGGUCUAUCUGGGCGAGCAACUCAUGGACCAAAAGCAGUAUCGUAGCACCGCUAAGCGCGAGCAGCAGGCUCAGGUCGAUCUUGAAUCGUACCUCACACUUUUGCGAACCAAGGCACACAGUGCCAUCGAAUUUGUACAACUUGUUGAUG